GUAAAUCAUUAUUGAAGACAAUGAUAUCCCAGGUCACUCCCGAGAAGGUACCGUGCCAUGGAGAAAUCAGUACGAAGAAGUCUGUAUGUAUAUGCUCAGAAAUGUGUUUCUGCCUUGCUUAGAAGAGUGUAACAUCAAGAAGUUUGGGUCCGAAUUCGUACAUGGAUUAAUGUCGCAAUCGCUUCAUACAAUUACACAUAUCACUCGUUUGAUUCUUCCAGAUAACACAAGUAAUCCAGUCUCACAGAUAAUUUAUGACGAGCUCCCCAAAUUGACAAUGCUGCAAGAAAUUAUAUGGAAGUUUACUUGCACAACACGUAUAAUAGCGGUGUUGGCGAGAAAUUGCAGAUUGCUCAGGAAACUUGACGUCGCCUGUUCUAUAAAUGUUACUAAUAAUUGUGUAGAGGAUUUACUGAAUAUGGAGAGUUUGGAGAUACUCAAUGUGGGAGGAACUGGUAUUUCCGAGAAAAGUUAUGCUCUGCUCCUUUCAAGAUUGCCACGAAUUCAGAGUUUUUUUUGGAAAGGUCGAGCGGAUGAUGUCUUUAGAUAUAUUACUAGGGCAUCUCUUCCUUUAAUAAAUGAGUUCAGUGGUGUAGUUACAGAUGCAUCCUUAUUGGUAAGAAUGUGUCCACAUGUCAAAACCUUGGCAGUUUAUUUACAAAGUCGUAAUUGUUCGGAGCUGGUAAAUUUGUCUGACUUAGUGGUUUUGGAAUUAUCUCCAUGCAAUUAUAACACUACUAACAUGGGCACCGUAAUUGAAAACAUGGGCAUUAGACUUACAAGAUUAAUUAUGAUUCAAGUCGCGAAUGUUGAUAUUGUUCAAAUAAUUACUUCUUGUUCCGUGUUGAAAAUUCUCGACCUCAGAUAUUGUCGAGUUAUAACGCCGGAAAAUUUCAGUUUAUCUCCGGAAUUGCCACAUUUUACAAGCGUGAAUGAAAUUAUUCUUUCAAAAAACCAAGAUUUCAGAGAUUUCCACAAGUACCUGGUACAUUACGUUAAUUUGGAAGUGUUCCAUGCUCACCAUGUUGCAGAAGUGGAUCAUGCAAUUAUUUCUGCAAUUUUAAAUGCCGGUGGCUUUAGAAAACUCACUAAAAUUGUUCUCGCUUUUUGUGGGCAUCUUAAAUUAGACACGGCCAUGCUGUUGAUACAGAAGUGUGACUAUUUGACUUUUUUGGGGAAUAUGAAUACUUGGCGCGAUUUCAGUGAAGACGAUAAGCAGACGUUGCUUGAUUGUAUUAAAGUUAAUAACCUCGCAAUGUUUGCAUAUGUGGAAGCUAUGAAUUAAAUGUAAGACAUUGACAUGGAAAAGUUGUUUUUACAUUGAAAUUUACCCUGUUUUACUUUUGCUACAUAUUUUAUUGUUUUAUAACCAGUAAGAUAACAUGAGAGUAACUUAAAAAUUGUUGUAUUUAAGAAUUAAGUGACCAUUUU